AUGCCGGAUCUGUCCUUGCUGUCACCACCACCGGCUUCCAAGAGGUCUGCUGACAGCGCUGCGGAGAGCCAUCGCCAGGCACCCGCACGCAGCAGCAGCUCCUACCCCUCACGCACCCACACGCAGCAGCAGCUCCCACCCGCACGCAGCGCCGCCGCCGCCGCACUCCCGCAGUCAGCGCCCCGCGCCCUGCGCCCCGCGCCCUGCGCCCCGGCCGCGCCCGCCUGCCCCCUCACCCCCUGCGCCCAGGCCGCCCCGGCCGCGCCGGCCCCGGCUGCUCCGGCCCCUGCCCCGGCCGCUCCGGACGUGUGCGGACGCCGCAUGAAGCCAGGUGCCCCGGACGUGUGCGGACACCCCUGCCCCGGCCGCUCCGGACGUGCUGGCGGACGGAUCUCCUUCGCCGAUGUCGUCAGAGGCCUCGGCGCGGCGCGGCGCUGCCAGUCUGCCACUCCGACGCUCCUAGGGCGGCUUCCACAGCGCAAUCGCCGCUCCGACGACAGCCGACUCAGCCACCGUCGGCAGGUUCAAACCCGACCAGGUGGCGUUCCUCCUAGGCUUAUGCAGGCGGGGGCCUCCGGGUGGGGUAGCGACCCUCCGCCUGCCCAGCAGGUCGGAUCUGGGUGGGUGUACAGCAGCGCGCCGCAGAUUGGACCGUCUUCGUGGCCUCUGUGGCCAGCUAGGAGCUCUUCACACCACGGUGGCGACGGGUCGCAGGACGCGUGA